AUGGCCGAACAGGCCCCAGUUCAAACUGAUAUUAUCAGUCAGGAAGCUCACUCAGAGGAAACCUCGCAAAAGGAUUCCAAAGAGAAGGGCUACUGGAACUACCACUUUGACACUCAAGAGGUUCUCAAUAAUGUCACUGGUUGGUUCAACAUCGCUCCGAAGGUACAGGAGCUGGCCCACGAAGGCAAGCACGUCGAGAUGGUCGAGCCCGCUGACACCGGCGAGACCCCCGAUAGCAAGGAUGAUGACGAGAAUGUUACUCUUAAGUAUUAUAAGAGUAAGAUUCCGCCUCUGGGCUCUCUUAGAAAGUUCAAAUUGAAGCGUAGGACUAGCUACAGUCACUACGUUAGAAACAAUUUUGACCAAUAUAGGACAAUGAUCUCACCUUCGAACUCUCUUAGAGAAUAUAAGGUGCACAGUCUUAUCAAGAAAAGGGAGACAGGUGAAGGAACACUAAGCCAAAAAGAUAUUUGGCCAAUGGCAGGUAAGAAACGGCUCAAUGACUUGACCCAUCUUUUCGUCCCAUUGCCAAAAGGGUAUACCUAUGACCAACCUGUCAAGUUGGGAAAGGCUUAUCAAAAGUACUUGGCAGACAAGGCUAUGGCAGCAGGUGAUCUUGACGAGAUCCUCAGAUGCAACUGCAUCAAAUCCCUGUUUGAGACGUACGAAGCAAUGACCGAUGUUGUAUUAGGGUCAAAGCUUGACUUGCGUAAGGCUGCAAUCGAUUCUGAGGAAGACUACGAUUUUGACAAUCUGUCUGCCCUCUCUAAUGUAAGCUGCCUAGAUGAUCCGGACUACCAGUGGGACUUCACUGUUAUCCUAGAUCCGGAGGAAGAGCCUCCCGAUUAUGAACAUGACAGGACUCCUCCCGCCUCGCCAAAAACAAAAAAACACCUUCAGAUGUCUGAGAUCAAACAGUCCAAUAGCGGACUUAAUGAGGAAGAAAGACAAAAGAAGAUGACAACAAAAGCGGCAGCACAGAUGGAAGUCGCUGAAGAAGUUAAGCCAGUCGAACCCAAAGAGCUCUUAAUCGGAGAUAUUAUGGACGAUGUUAAAGCAGUCACCGAGCCUCUCUCAGAGCCUCUAGACGACCUUCUCAGAGAACUCUCCGAAGAAGUUAAGCCAGCCGAACCCGAAGAGCUGGAAGAGGAAAACGAACCAAACGAACCAAGCGAACCAAGCGAACCAAGCGAACCAAACGAACCAAGCGAACCGAGCGAACCAAUACGAGCAACAAAAAACAAUCUGGACGGAGUUACCAUCGAAGACAACAUUUCCAUACUUAGUACUCAGGAGACUUUUGCUGCUCUCACUCCUAGAAGAUCAUCUAUGAAAAGUGAGAAUGGCUUGCAAAACGAGGAAAAGCUGGAAGAUGCCCAACAACUCAUUGAGCGUCUUGAAGUCGUUGAUCAGGCGCUUAAUGAGUUCCAUGUGAUCAGCGAUGAAAUGGCUGAGAAUAUCAGAAAUUAUCCAGCCAAGUAUGCAAAGACAAUGUGGUUUCCUGAAGAGUACUCUGGUGCCAUAGAUCGUCUCCGUGACGUUGCCAGCAAGCAGUUUCACGGAAAACUAAAGGAGAUGAAAGGUUAUCCGAAGUCUGACAGGAAUCACGACGACGAGAUGCUAGCCAUGACAAUGGCACUGUCAAGCUACGCAUAUGCACGUGUCACCAGAUACCACGAUGAACCCUCCAGGUGGGUGGAUAGUAAACACAAGCCAGAAAAGGAGUCCAAACAACAUCUAGCAGUCAAUUUCAACAAUAUUCCUAGAGUUCGGUUCAUUGAUCAAAGUCAGAAGCCAAAGAAAGUGGUUGGUUUCAGAGGGAAGAUGAAACGUCUAAGAAGGCAUCUACACUUGCACAAGCGGGAGUAUCCAACUUAUCCUGGCAAGAAUCCUAAUCACGAGCUUUCUUGCCCUCUUGAAACAAGAUACAGGACUCCAAAGCAAGUUGACGAGGAUUUGAUUCAUGAUCAAAUCCACUGCUUGCACUCCAAAGAUAAAAGAAGAGAGCUGAUGCAGAAGAGUAUCGACGACUAUUUUACAAGAUCGAAAGGAUUUGAAGCGGAAGAAAAGCCGGGCGAAGCUCUCGAGCCUAUCUUUCACAAGGCGCACAUAUCACAUCUGCGGGGUUGGGCACAUAAGCUGAAUCAGAAGGUCAAGACGGCAAUGAGGAGACAUUAA